AUGCUUUGGCAUUUAGUUUCAGCUUUCCUAUUUGGCGAGGGUUUCGUUGUUCUCAUGAUGAUCUUGCCGCUUUUUUCAUCACGAACAUGGAGCAGAUUUUUUAAAUUUAGCAUCAUCCAGAAAAUUGCUGUAAAUUCAUCCUUCUACUUCAAUUUAUUUCUUGUCAUGUUGGCCUGUGCAUUAGCCGAAGCAGUACGUAACUCAUGGACACAAAAACAAGCGUACAAUACGUUAAAAGCUCAUCCGUAUGAAUUACGUCCUGAAACAGAAUCAUUGUACUUGAUGCGUAUGUUCCGAGCACAAAGAAAUUUGUAUAUUUGUGGAUUCUCUCUGUUCACAUGGUUUGUUUUACGUCGUCUUGUCUGCCUGUUGUCGGAGCAUGCUCAAAUGUCGGCUAGUAUGGAGGCGAGUAUUAAACAGGCUAAAAGUGCAUCGGAAGCAGCUCAACGUAUGCUCAGUGAGACAAAGGUGACUGACAGUGAUACUGAAGAUGUUUAUCCGGAUACUGUAGAAGCACUGAAGGAUGAAUUGUCGAAACUGACAAAGAAAUUUGAAUCAGAAGAGCAAGCUCACAAACAAACCAAACGAGAUUUAGAAACGCUGAAGAAACAAAGUCUUCAAACUAAUGCUGAAUAUGAUCGAGUGACGCAGGAGUGCCAAAAACUACAGUACCGUCUACAAAUGUUAGAAGGUGGUGGUGCCAAAGACAAGAAGUCUGAUUAA